AUGUCUAAUUUUUGCGGUUGUUGUUUCUACCAGGCCAACGCCUGGCAUUACCUGCCACAGAUCUCCCUCAAAGUCCACGCAACAAUCCUCUCCUCCACAUCUCGCACAACUCUCACGCAAACAUUUACAAACUCCUCAGACCUUCCUCUCGAGGAAGUUUCCUACAACUUCCCCCUCUACGAUGGCGUCAGUGUGGUUGGAUUCGAGUGUCGCGUAGGAACGCGAUAUCUGCACAGUAAAGUGGAGACAAAAGAGCAGGCGAAUGAGGAAUUCAACAGCGCGGUCGCGAAUGAUAAAACUGCAGCAAUUAUGGAGCAUGGCUCCAAGGAAAACGACAUCUUCGUAACUAGAUUAGGCAAUGUCCCCGCGAACGAAACAAUCAUGGUAGAAAUCACGUUCAUCGGAGAGUUGAAGCAGGACGCACAGUCCGACGGGAUCCGAUAUACUCUCCCCAAUGCCAUCGCACCGAGAUAUCCUGACUCGAGAGCCUUACCUCGCUCUACGUCAAUAUUCGCGCCGCCGCCUGUAACUGAAGAGCAAACAAUCAAAAUGCCUGAGUGGGGCCUGGUAAAGACGUCUGGUAUCGAUAUCACGGUCGAUGUCCAGAUGGAGAAAACUUCCAUCAUUCGGGAACUGCAGUCACCGAGUCAUUCAGUGAAGGUCUCUUUGGGAUGUACUUCAACUGCUCCCAGUGGUGGUCGUUCAGGAUCAACAUUCGACCCAUCCCAGGCCUCUGCCUCAAUCCGCCUAGUCAAAGAAAAUGAACUCCUACUCGAGCGCGACUUCGUGCUCGUCGUCAAAGCCGAUGGCCUCGAUAACCCCACAGCCCUACUCGAAACACACUCGAGCAUCCCCAAUCAGCGCGCAUUGAUGGUGACGCUAGUGCCGAGGUUCAAUCUACCACCCAUCAAACCGGAGGUGAUCUUCGUCAUCGAUCGAAGUGGUAGUAUGCAGAGCAAGAUCCCAACAUUGCGAUCAGCCUUGCAAAUCUUCUUGAAGUCGCUGCCUCUUGGUGUCUGCUUCAAUCUCUGUUCCUUUGGGAAUGAGCAUCGUUUCUUAUGGCCGCAGAGUCGAGUCUAUGAUAAGUCAAGUCUGACCGAGGCUUCGGCAUACGUCGAGACGAUAGCCGCAGAUAUGGGAGGCACGAAUAUGACUUCGGCGGUCAAAGCCACCGUUGCGAGUCGUCUCGAUGAUAAAGAACUCGAAGUUCUCAUUCUGACUGACGGCCAGAUCUACAAUCAGCAGGAGUUAUUUAGUUUUGUUCGGGAGAGUGUCACCACAAACAAGUCAUCCGAAAGCCAGUCGGCUCGUUUCUUCUCGCUUGGGAUUGGAUCUCAGGCGUCGCAUUCCCUGGUAGAAGGUAUUGCCAGGUCCGGAAAUGGUAUCUCACAAUCCGUUCUCGAGUAUGAGGAGCUUGACCGAAAGGUUGUGAGGAUGUUGAAGGGUGCACUUACUCCUCAUAUCAGCGACUUCAAACUCCAGGUCGAUUACGAUUCACCUGAGCAGGAAUUUGAAGUUGUGGAUGUAAUUGAUUCGGCCCCAGCUACCAUCACCGAAAGGGAAGAUAAAAAUGGAGAUGGAAACGAAGAUCCUGUUGAAUCCCUCGAGAAGAGAAUCGCUCAAAUUUCCAUCUCCCUCUUCGACGAAGCUUUCCAAGAAUCCGACGCCGAGCUCGGAACACCCCAGAACAAGGACAAAGAGAGCAACAACUUGCCAGACCUUUCACCUCCUGAUAUUCUCCAAGCUCCCCACCAAAUUCCCCCUCUCUAUCCCUUCAUCCGGAGCUAUGCAUACCUGCUCCUAGACCCAAAGUCAUCAGACCGGGUCCCAAAAUCACUCACUCUUACCGCCACAUCCAGCGGGAGACCCCUUCAACUUCGCAUCCCAAUCAAAAACAGCGUUCAAGGCGAAACAAUCCACCAACUCGCCGCACGAAAGGCAAUGGUCGAGCUAGAAGAGCAACACAGUUGGCUCGAGCAUAGCAAAGAUCUCGACGGAAACCCCUUUUCCCGCUUCCACGCAGAUACAAAGAGUCGGCUUGCGAAACGCGAGUGCCAAAUUCUAGGACUCAAGUAUCAAGUCACGGGAAAGCACUGCUCAUUUGUUGCAUUGGAAGAAGACUCAGCCGAGAAGGAAAACGAACAAAGGGAAGAAGAGGAAGACAAAUGCAAAGUCCCCGAAAUUGGCGACAAAGGCCCAUCUGUCAAAGUACCAGCCUUCAACAUCAUACAAGCACACCCAAGUCAACAUGCGCGGGUAAAAGCGACAAAUCCUUUCUGUUCACCUGCGGCUCGCCCGGGCUUUGUACAAGCUAGAGCCUUUGGACAAGCUAGCAACCCUGGGGAUGGAGGUAAGCCCAUGUUCGGUGCUUUCAUGGGCAAUUCAUCUGGGCAGAUGCAGCAGAUGCAACAGAUGCAACAGAUGCAGCAGAUGCAGCAGAUGCAGUCUUGUCAGCCGAGUCAGUCGAUGCAGCAGAUGCAGGAAUUGCAGCAAAUUCAACGCAUGCAGCAGAUGCAGCGGAUGCAACAGAGCGAGCGCCAGACUCCGACGGGCUCAAGGUUGUUUGGUGGCUCUGAUCAAGCCACUGCCACUCCUAUGGGUGGUUUUGGCAGUAGUACGCAGGGAUCUGGCGCUGCACCUUCUUCAGGCCAACAACCUCCAUUUGGGGUUGGAAUGACUCAUUAUCCACCAGCUCUAUUCGGCGGUGGUCCACAACACGCAUCGAAUAAGUCUCCAUUUGCAAACCCACAGACUCAAUCCUCGUCUUCCCCCUUUGGCGCGAGUAAUAAUCAGCAAACUCAACCCGCGGCUGGAGCGCUAUUUGGUCGCCCUCCUCCUGCAGCCAGUCCGUCAUCUUUAUUCGGCAGCGCUCCCAACCGCCAAAACAUGUCUGCAAAUAAACCACUCUUUGGUGGCCCUCCUCCUACAACCAAUCCUUCGUCUUUAUUCGGCAGCGCUCCCAACUCCCAGAUUUCCCAAGAGCGUGGAACCUUUGCUUCCCCCUUUGGCGCGAGUAAUACUCAACAAACUCAACCUACAGCUGGAGCACUAUUUGGUCGCCCUCCUCCUGCAGCCAGUCCGUCAUCUUUAUUCGGCAGCGCUCCCAACCGCCAAAGCACACCUGCAAACAAACCACUAUUUGGCAGCCCUGCCGCUAAUUCCAGCCAGCCAUCUUUAUUCGGCUCAGCACAGCCACCAACCGCCCAACCAUCUGGAUUCGGAGCCGCAGUCUCUCAGAAUGACCAAACCCCAAAUCCAGGAUCUCUUUUCGGAUCACCCAAUCCGCCAACUCUAGCCACAAGCUUGGAAAAGACUAACAAGUCAAAACUCCACUCACUAAUCGCUCUGCAAGACUUCUCGGGCAAAUGGACUCUCACCCAGGGACUCUGCAAUCUUCUAGGAUGCGAGGAGGAUACCGUUCGUCGACGCUUCAUUGACAUGUUAGGACAAUCUUAUUCUUCUGCUAGUACCGAGUCUAGUCUCGAAGUCCUCGCUACGCUCAUGGCGAUGGGUCAUCUAGAGCAUCAACAUGCCGAGGAGAAGAGUGUUUGGGAGCUGGUUUUCGGUAAGGCGGAGGCUUGGCUUGAGGACGUCUUGCCCAGGCUCAGAGAAGCUGGAAAUAGGAUUCAGGCGAGGCGAGCUGAGAUCAUGUCUUUGGAUCAUUUGAAGUGA